CAUCAACCGGAAACUUGGGAAGCGUCCUUAGAGAUGUGGCUAUUAGUGUAAGCUUUCUUAUGCUGCACCUUGAAAACAAACUAUGGCUACGCAGAAUAGAUGACAGAAUCUGCAAAGACAAAGAACGGUCUCUGAUUUUGAAGCAGUCUUGCAUUGCUGCCUUGUGCAUGCAGUAAUCAUGGCUGCUCCUAUGCUCAUUGGAAACCAGCUCAUCUUGGAGGAAGACUUUGAUGAAAACUAUAUUCCCUCGGAACAAGAGAUUAGAAAGUAUGCAAACGAGAUAGGCAUUGAUGUUGACAACGAAGCAGACCUGAUGUGGCUGGCCAAGGAGGGCAUUGUUGCUCCACUUCCGCCUGAAUGGAAGCCUUGCCAGGAUGUUACAGGCGACAUCUACUAUUACAACUUUUCUUCUGGUGAGUCCACCUGGGAUCACCCCUGCGAUGAACACUACCGCCUCCUGGUUGUCCAAGAACGGGAACGCAACCAGCGCAUCGCCGGGGCAUCAGGAGCCAAGAAAAAGAAGAAAGAGAAGAAGGAGAAAAAAGAGAAAAAUAAGAAGGACUCUGCCAAAACAGGAGGUACAAGGAGUUUAGCCUUGGGGUCGUUGCCAUCUCCGCUGGGAAGCCUGGCUCCUCUCAGUGGUCUGGAUGCUCCUGUUCUUGGCCCAAUCUCUGGGUCUGGAUCUGCUUCUGCUUCUACAUUUCCUCGCUCACUUGGAUCCGGGGGACUGGAACCCCUCAAAACACCUGGGCCUCUAGGGGGUCUCCAUAGCAGCACCAUUUCUAGUGUUUUAAGCAACAAGAAUGAAGAAAAGGUGUAUCUUACCAUGCCUGGCUUUGAUGAUGCUGAUGAAAUCUUAGAAAAUGAGUCAAGCCAGAGGUCUUCAGAAAGGCAACUGAUGAACCUCCAUCUGGACCUGGAUGAACUCAGAGGGGGCAUACAAUACGAGGAGAGUGAAGCUAGUGCUGCAGCUCAGGCAGAAGAAAGAACUGAGCCAGAAAUGCAGGACAUUUCUGGAGGCCACAGCCCUGAGCCACAGUCCCCACAGGACUCUUUAAGGGGCUGCCAACGACGCCUGUCUCCCCUCGCAGACCCAAGCCGCCUCAGUGACAGUGUGAAUAGCAGACCAGAUGGUUUGGAGGAGAAAGGAGAGGUGCAAGAUAAAGUUGAAGAUGAAGACGAUGAAUUAGACGUGAAAAGCACAGACAUGGGGACGGGGGAAGCUGGUGAUACUCACAAAGAGCAGGGGGGCAUUGAAAUGACUCUAGACAAUGAGCAACAGGAACGUGGUGACGGUGAGGAUGAAAUGAAAGGCAAAGGAGAUGAUGGAGGAGAGGAAUACACAGACAAUCUGGAGCAUAUCCACACUGAAAACAGUGUUGGAGAUGCAGAUGGCAGAGCUGAGAAAGUGAAUUUUCAACAAGAGAUCUUUGACAGAAAGGAAAAUGUGGACUCUGCAGAGGCAGUUAUGGAGGAAGAAGACGUGCUGGAGGAAAAGGAAGGCAAUGGUCAGGUUGAGGAUUGCUUCAGUAAUGGCAUUGAUACAAAAGAUGGAAGGGACAAAGAGCAAGAGGACGAGAAAAGCAUAGAUGAUCAAAGUGGGAAAGAUGGAAGAGAGGAAGAGGAUGGUGGGAGUCAGGCGGAUUUGGAGCAAUGCUCCCUCAGCCACAGGAAAGUAACAGAGGAUGAAGAGGAGAGUUGCAGUGACAGGAGAGAAACAGAUAUGGAGAGAAAAGAGUUAGUCGCUGAAUCAGAUGCAUCUCAGAGCGAGGAGGAGGUUGUGGAGGUUUUGGAGAUGGAAAGCGCUAACCCUAACCACCUUCCUGCAGAGAACUCUGAAGCCUGUGAUGAUAUGAAGGAGAGUUCAUCCUCCAUCAAUGUCAAGGUUUUGGACCUUAACGAUACAUCUGACGCCAUCUGUCCCCCGGACAACAACGCUGAUGGAGAAGAUGUGGAGGAUGAGAUGGGAAAGUAUACAAAGACGGAGGCUGCAAAGAGGCAUUUGCAGUCAGCAGAAAAGGACAUACUCCCAGUUUCCAAAGUGGACAGACUUGUGCUCCACCAGUCCAUCCCUUCCCACACAGCAAGAGACGUUCAAAACCAACCAACAGCGGCUCGGCUCGGCUCAGCUCUGAAUCUGCAGCGGCCUGAAACAGCUCGAGGUCGGCUCUCUCGAACUUCCAUCACGGAAGUGGCAGACUUUGAAACCUCCAGACAAAAAGGAGUGCACCCAGCGGAAAAAGAUUCACAUUUUGGAAUCUGGAAAAAUGAGAAGAAAGUAAAAGGGGAGGAAGAAAGUGAAAAAGAGAAGAGUCAAAAAGCGAGGAACAAGGAGGAAGAAAGAGAGAGUGGCGAUGCCAGCCAGAGGGGGGAGAAGGAGGGCAAAGAGCAAUUCAUUCAAGAGAAGAAGAGGAGAUCAUUUAUUCUCCAGGAGGUAUUGUUCAGUGAAGAAAAAGAGAAGGAGCGUUUGGAACAGGAGAAGGAGAGGAGAAUAUCUCUCCUACAUGAGGAGCUGAAGAGAGAGGAGAAGGCAGAGAAGGAGCAAUUCAUUAGGGAGAAGGAGAAGAGACAGGCUCUCCUCCUGGCUGAGCUGAGUAAGGAGGAGGUGAAGCUUAAAGAAGAGGGCAAAGACACACUAGGGGCUCUGAGGCAGGAUCUUCUUUCCAAGAGGAAGGAAGAGGAAGCCAAGCUCAAUAUGGAGUCUGACAGGAUAUUGGAGGAACUCAAAGAGUCUGCUCUGAAGGAGCGAGAGAGGCAGCUGGAGAAACUCAGGGAGGAGAGCGAAACCAUGCUGAAAGAGAUGCGUAUCUCGCUGGAAGAAGAGAAAUCAGCAGAAGUGGAAAGGUUGGAGGCUCAGAAGAGGCUGGACAUUGAGCGUCUGAAGGCUGAGUCAGACCAGCAGCUGCAAGCAGAGAGAAACAGACUGCAGGAGGAAAAAACUGAUUAUUUCAAGCUGGAGGUGUGCAUAAAGGACAUCGCCACAGAGAGAAGUCACAGAGAGCUGAUUCAUCCACGUCCUCAACAGCAGCUCACAGGGUAUCACAGAGAGAUGACUGAUUUGCUCCUGGAAGUGCGAGAGCAAGUGCAGCAGGAGCACGAGAAGAAGCUUUUGCACCUGAGGGAGGAGCACAGGAAAGAGCUCAACAAUAUCAGAGAGAAACACCUGGAGGAGGAAAGUGUUCAGAGGGAGCGGUUGCGUUCUACUCUGCAGGAAGACAGAGAACAUCUUCAGGCCUCGCAUGAUCUUCAGCUGGAGAGACUGCGCAUACAGCUUCACAGUGAGAUAGAGAAGGCACAGCUGACUCACUCGCACAAGCACUCGGAACUUGAGGAUUACAUCUAUCAGUUAGAGCUGAAAGCCAAAGAGCUGCAGGCAAAUGAGGAAAUUCUGCAGAACAAGGCAGACGAUCUUAAGAGGAAAAAGAAGAUGCUCGAGCAAGAAGAGGAGGAUAUAGACAGACAGACAGGGACUUUGCACAAAGUGACCUUGGAGAGAGACCAGCUGAGGCUAGAGAUGGAGAGGAUGAGAGAGGAGCAAGGUCAAGGUCGAGAGCUGCUUGAUAAAAUGCGUGAGGAGAGGAACGCGGCCCAGCAAGAAGUGGAGAGGCUGCGAGAGGAGAGAGACAAAGUCAGGGAGGAAAGCCAGAAGGUGAAGGAAGACAAGCGGCGACUGGAGAACAAGGUGGCUCUGCUGCAGGAACAAUGCGACCGUCUCAGUCGCAGAGUCGGUGAGUUGGAAGAAUGUGAGGGACGGAGUGCCUCCCGCCGAAAGGACAAAAACCAGAGCACUUCACCCUCCGAUGGCCAAACAGACUCGUCACGUCAUGGGGAUGAUCCGGAGGACCCCAUUACCUCUACUGUACCUGACAGCCCCAGCAACAUGCCCGAAUUCUUCAGGUUCACCUCGUCUCACGGCACAUGCAUCCAGAAGACGAAAGCCUUUCUGGAGAAGGAGAGCAGCCAACUACAAGAAAGACGUGCAAUUCUCCAUGCGACCCCGAGCAACUGUGCUCAGCAACCCAACCCAGCCCAACCACAAGUGACUGAGCAAAAGGAGAUGAGAAGUUUGUCAGAGCUGUCGCAGAUGGUGAUGAGUGGGAACACUCCCAGUCAGAAAAAAGAACAACAGUAUGUCGACGGAUCAACAGCUGGGGAGGUCAGAGAUCACUGCUUCAAGAUGCUUCUCUGAUGGCCAGGCAGAAGAAGGUCACCUUCGACGUGACAGAUUCCGACCUGAGCAGCACGGUUGACCCACCUGAUGAGACAGGUAACGCACACGGAGCAGUGGGUGGGCAUCCAGGGUAACAGCACUGGACUGGUUUGGAUCUUGUUCGGUGGAUCGUUCUUUCUGUGUCAGCCUUGGUGACUCCUCUCUUGCGUGGAGUUCCCCAGGGCUUUGUUUCACGCCCUAUUCUCUUCUCCCUCUAUCUGCUUCCACUUGGCUGCAUACUGAGGAAGCAUGGCAUUUCUGUCCACUCUUACGCAGAUGAUUGUCAGCUUUAUGUCCCUGUUGAAAGGAAGAACACUCAUUCCAUUUCUAUCCGUGUCUUUUUUAGGUGUCUUCAUGACAUAAAGGCCUGGAUGGCUCUCUUUAUUUGUUAUACAUUUGUUUGAGUGAAAGUCUGGCAUAAAUUCUUAUUGUAAAAAUAAAUCAAAUCUUCUAAUAAUCUAAUACAUUUGUAAUAGUAAAAAUCUAUUUGAAAGUAAAUUGCCUGGAACGAGCCUUUAUUUUGAAAAUAAAAAUGCAUCAAACACCUAAUUAAAUUCAGCUGAAGAAAAGCAUUUGGAGUGGCCUAGUCAAAGUCCUGACCUGAAUCCUAUUGAGAAGCUGUGGCAUGACUUUAAAAAGGCGCUUCAUGUUGGAAAACCCUCCAAUGUGGCGGAAUUACAACAAUUCUGCCAAAAUUCCUCCACAGCGCUGAAAGAGACUCAUUGCAAGUUAUCGCAAACGCUUGAUUGGAGUUGUUGCUGCUAAGGGUGGCUUAACCAGUUAUUAGGUUUAGGGGGCAAUCACUAUUUCUCACAAGGCCAUGUAGGUUUGGAUUGUUUUUCUCCCUUAAUAAUAAAAAGUUUGUUUUUUUAACUGCAUUUUGUGUUCAGUUGUGUUGUCAUUGACUAAUAUUUACAUUUGUUUGAUGAUCUGAAACGUUUCUGUGUGACAAACAUGCAAAAAAAAAAGAAAUAAGGAAGAGGGGCAAAUGCUUUUUCACACCACUGUAUGUGUGUGAGGCUCAAAAUUAUUGACAUUUGACCUGAACAAGUAAAUUGCAGGGAAGUGCUUUUUAUUUUGAAAUAUAAAAAAAAAAAUGCAAAAAUCUCCCAAAAUGAAAAUGUUUUUAAAUAAUUAUUUUUGUAUAUUAGUGUGAGCAUGAGGGUACCACAAUCUGCCACAAAAUUCUUGCCCUUUUCAGAAAUACAUUUUUAUUUUUAAAUUAAACAACAAAUAAUAAUAAAGCUUAAAAAGGAAUCAAAACCACCUUUUUUGGGAGGGGGGGGGGAACGCUUAGCAACAAAUUCAAACUUGCUUUUAUCUUAGAAUAAAAGCAAGUACAAAAAGCCAAGCAUCACAAACCUGUGAGUUACAGUGGAAUGGACUUUCACAUUACGAUCUGUAUCAUACAACCUAAUAAUAAUAGUGUAUUUGCAUGUUAUCCCAUGUGUUAUUAGGAGGCACUCUGACUUUCCUGGCCAAAGUCCAUGAGUUCACCGAGUCCCAGCAGCAGAUCUCAGGCCAGCUCCACACAGUGUUAGGUGCUCUGGGGUCUUUAGCCCAGAGGCAGACCAGUACAUCCCUUCCAGCCUUCCCCACCGCCCUG